UGGCCCUGGAAAUCCAGAGCUCCAGCCCCGAGAGGCUGCAGCGCAGGCUCCCCGGCACCAACAAGGUGCUGCGGUAUAGCCGCAACGAGCAGCGCUACUACAUGGAGGAAGAGGAUGACACGCUCCACCUGCUGGACUUGGACUCUGAUUAUUCUGAAUCAGAAGACAGAACAGACAAAAUGAAAAACCCAAAUAAUAUCCAGGGUGGAAAAUGGCAGCUUGGGUUUCAAGCAAUAUCUUUUGAUCUCUACGCCAAGUACGGGAACAACCGCACCCUGAGUCUCGUGAGUCCCAAGAAGCCAUACUACCAGUGGCGUCUGCGCGUGCCGUCAGGUCACGUGGUUCGACUGGUUGUCCUCACGCUUCAGGGCGCCACACCUGGAAGCUGCGCCGCCCACAAACUGUCUGCCUAUGACUUUCUACUUCCUUUGCAGAACAAGAUAAUUGCCAGAUGGUGUGGGCUGCCGGUUUCCGGCUCAUCUCCAGUCAUGAAGCUGACCUCCUCAGGUAAUGUGAUGCUGGUCACAUUCUCCUUCAGCAGACAGAAAGAUGGAACAAUCUUCAAAGCUUACUUCCAAGCCAUCCCAAAAGCAGGCUGUGGAGGCUCAAUUUCUUCUUGGAACGGCUCCAUCUCCUCACCUUACUACCCCUCUUUUUAUCCUCCUAACAUUGACUGCAUCUGGACUCUGCGGGUGCCUGUGCCGGGAUAUCUGAUUUCAAUGACAAUUGUGACUUUAGACAUUCAAGAUUCCCCGUCAUCCGACGGCUGUGAGGAGGACUGGCUAGACAUUGCAAGGGCGAAACUGUGUAAUCCCCUGUCAGAGAGCGGCAGAAAGAGAGUAUACUCCUCUCCUCUCUCAAUCCACUUCCACUCUGAUGAAUCUCUCACCAAUAAGGGCUUCUACUUGCUGUACCGAGCCUUCUCUCCAGAGGGCACUUGUCCUCGCCAGUUUCGCUGUGGAGAUGGACGCUGUAUCCCUCUGAGGAAGGUCUGUGAUGGAGUGAAGGAUUGCUCAGAUGGACGGGAUGAGGCAAAAUGCUCAUCCUGCAGGCCUUGGGAAGUGAUCUGUGGGAACGGUCAGUGCAAACCUCAGAGCAGCCAGUGUGUUGAUCAGAGCAGCUGUGCAGACAGCAGUGAGGAAGGCAGCUGUGGAGGGAAAUGCUACCACGUUUGUCCCAACAAGGUGUGUUUACCGAAGUCAUCUGUGUGUGAUGGUGUGAUUGACUGUAAAGACCGCAGUGAUGAACUGAACUGCACCAGAGCAUAUCUCAAGAGUUGCUCCUUGUCUUCCUACAAAUGUGCCAGCGGCAAGUGUGUCAGUAAGGUCAACCCUGAGUGUGACGGAGUUAAAGACUGCUUCGACGGCUCUGAUGAGCUGCGCUGUGGAUGUGGCACCAGGCCCAGAAAGCGGACUAAAAUAGUGGGGGGCUCUGAUGCUGUGGUGGGGUCAUGGCCCUGGCAGGUCAGCUUGCAGAUGGAGCGCUACGGCCACGUCUGUGGAGCCACGCUGGUUUCCAAUCGCUGGCUCAUCUCUGCGGCUCACUGCUUCCAAGAUUCAGAUGCCAUCAAAUACUCUGACGCUCGUGCUUGGCGGGCUUACCUAGGCAUGCGUUUGAUGACCAGGGGAAACCACGGAGCAGCAACCAGACUUGUCCGUCGGAUUCUCCUCCACCCCCAGUAUGACCAGUUCACAUCUGACUACGACAUCGCCCUUCUUGAGCUCAGCACACCGGUUUUCUUUAAUGACUUAGUGCAGCCUGUGUGUGUUCCUGCGUCCUCGCACGCUUUCACCACUGGGGCCAGCUGCUUUGUCACAGGAUGGGGCGUUCUUAUGGAGGACGGUGAACUGGCAUCUCGUUUACAAGAAGCUUCAGUGAAAAUUAUAAAUAGGAAAAUUUGUAACAAGCUGUACGAUGAUGCUGUCACUCCCAGGAUGCUAUGUGCUGGAAACCUGCAGGGAGGUGUGGAUGCCUGCCAGGGGGAUUCAGGAGGUCCGUUGGUCUGUCUUGAGCGAGGAAGACGGUGGUUCUUGGCAGGGAUUGUUAGCUGGGGUGAAGGCUGUGCGAGGCAGAAUCGUCCAGGGGUCUACACCCAGGUGGUCAAGUUCACUGACUGGAUCCGCCAGCAGACCAAAGGGCAGGUCUAAAAAAACAUGAAACUAAAACAAGCAAAUAGCUUUGCUAACAGAACAGUGGUUUCAGUAUUGAAGCCAAAUAAUUUUUCUGUCACCUUUCUGGAAUUUGCCCAUUGCAGAGGAAGCACCAUCCUACCACAAACCAAUCAGCAUCCUCACAGUCUGCAAGAUGCAACAUGUUGACAUGUACAAAAAGUUCUCAAACUGAUCAAUAAGUGAACUUGAAGUUAAUUGAGUAGAUUGAAUAAUUACCUUCAAGCAGGAUAUGGUUAACACAAAAUCAAAAUGUUAAAGAUAGAGUCUAUAUUUUUUAAAUGGGGGUUUGUAGAGAGGCUAAAGCAGUUGGUAUCUUAUUUGCAGAUACUUUUCUGAACUGCAUAGGUGUGCAGAAACUUGAAAAACUUCUAACAGCUACUACGAGCAUGGCUGCUUCCAAUUAAAAUUUCUGCCAUGUUAAAGCAGCUUUGAUUUAAAAGAAAUAAAAAAGAAAUUCAGAGUGCUUCAUGCAAACGUUAUUUUAUUAUUUAUUUUCAUGUUUUGAAAAUAAAUAAUAAAAUGAUGUUUUGCUGCAUUUAACUGUUUUUUUCCAGCUAUUUGGCUGUGAUAAAAAUAUUUAGUUUAAAGCAAUAUGCUGAAGCAUUUGUAGUUCUCCAUAUUUCAUCUUGCUUGUGGGAAAAGAAAACAUACAAGGAGGUUAUUAUAAAACCUCAAAUAUAACGGAAUGCAUGGAUGUAGAACAUAGUAACUUUAAAUUACUUUACUGCACAAUAGCCAAGGUGUUUCUACUGUAUGUUUUUGUUUAGUUUUUAUAUAAGGAAGCUAAUUUUGCCAUAUUUGUAAGUAAAGUGCAUCCUCUUAAAGCAAAAACCCAAAAAGAGUGCAAUGCUUUUAUUUUGAAGAGAUUUAUGACCACUCAGCUUAUUUUAAUGCUCCUUUAUCCAUGCUGUCUUGUUUCUUAUGAAAACCCUAUGCCUCUCUGUGCCUCUGCUGCAGUGGCUGAGAUUUUUCUUUGGUAACUGAAGUAGUCUCUGCUAGGAAUGAAUCAUCAGGGCAGAUGUUUUCCAGUUUACAUUAUCUACACAGUUACUUUCAAAAUCUAAUUGCAUCCUAUUUUCCAAGUACGUGUUGUCCUCCUUACUUCAUAUCUUGUCUAAAUUCCAAUGGUGGGAUUUCCAGUUACAAGAGUUGUCUCCAGAUGUUCAUAUACACUUGUCUGUGUACUGAUUACUUACUGUUUUGUACUGUAUCUUUGUUUGUGCAUUUGUGCAUAUGAUAAGUUUACCUGAGCCAUAGCUACAUGUUAAAUAUACUCUGUAACUGCACAGGAGGAACUCGGUAAGAAGAGCAUCUCUGCCCUCCUGUAAACUGUUUUAUCUUUAAAACCAGCAUUUAGCUGCUGUGUUGUUUAAAGAACAAGUAGGAAAAUCAGAAGGAAAUCUUGUCUGUCUUUUCUAUUGAGAUAUUUUCAUUUACUUUUCUCUGAUCUCUGAUAUUUCAGCUCAUAUCACCUAUUGGUCUGCAUUGACAUCUCAAUAAAUAACGUCAUAAAAGUUUAUUCCAGUAAUUUAGUUCAAAAAGUGAAACUCUUAUAUAGAUCCAUUACACACAGCAUGAUACAUUUUUGGAUUUAUUUCAUUUUUUUUCAUAUAAUGAUGGUUUAUAGGUAAUGAAAACCCAAAAUCCAACACCAGUUAAAGGAUUUUUAAUUCAGAAAUGUUAUGUUAUGUUAUGGCCUAGCAGUCAUGGGGAAGACUGUUCACUUGACAGUUGCCCAGUAGGCAGUUACAAGGAUGCAUUGCUAAAGAAGCUGGCUGUUAACAACAAGCCAUGUUUAAGAACAUUAAUAGAAGCUUUAGUGGAAGGAAAAACGGUGGUAGAAAAAGAUUCACAACCAACCAACAUGAGCAACAACUUUAACAUUCCAUGUGCUAAAGCUUUGGAAGCUUUAAAAAUUCAACUGUUUAUUAGAUUCUGUUAAAAGCUGGGCAUAUCACCUGGAGUUCUCCUUUUUGUAUUCAUAUUGAUACAUUGGGCAUUGAUGGUUAUGUCUUUUUAAUAUUUUCCCAACAAAAGGAUGUGGAUUGUAAUAAUGAAUGAAGCUCAUGGCAGAAAUUGAUUAAAAAGACAGCUGAUGCUCUGGACCAUCAAGUAUACCAGAAUAAAUAAUGUAUAACGCUUGAUACACACAUCUUCACCACAGUUUUUCUAUAAAACAAUUAAUUGUAGAUUUUUUGUUGUUGUAUGAAUGUAUUAAAGACCUGCUUUUUAAAAACGUUUUUUUUUUUUUUUUUUUUUACAUUUUUUCCUGUAACGAUUUGUUCUCCAAGGAAACUCUGCUUCUUAUAAAGUAUGCGGAACUGCACCUGCAGAAGGAAUGAUGCGCAAUAUACCCACAUGAUUCAGCUAAGUCAAUUUGUCUUUUAUUCUCCAUUAAAAACAGGCCACUGAAACAUCUUCGUGUCUGUGUGCAUCUUUUUCAUCCAUCUCCGCGGUUACCUCUCAUGCCCAUUAAAAAUAAACCCAUUUGUCAUCUAAUUUUUUACUUUUCCGGCUCAGAUUUUUGCGCUGCUAUAGUCUGAGAACCUUUAGCAGUCUGGAUGUCAUGUGAUGAUAUCAUUGUUUGGUGGCUGGAGAACCUGUUACGUGCACUUUGCGCUUGCAUCCGUGUGGCACACUUGUUUUUCUCUAAAGGCAUUUUCCGUUUGCAAUGUGAGAAACCCAUCUGUCAUUUUGAAGGUUGAGGAAGCACAU